GAGGGUAGAGAUAAGGAGAACUAUCUUAAAUAGGAGUUAAAGUAAAAAAGUGUCCAUCUAAAAACAGCAAAUAACAGUUACAAAUGUUUGAUGUGAAAUUCUUUAUCCUUCUCGAACAACUUGUUUAGAUCUUUAUCUUACUCUUAUUACUUUGAGCACUUCUUUUAAAACUUAUACACUUUUGCUACAGCAGCGCUACCCUUAUUUGCUCCUUUUCGAUGGACACUUUUUAUAUAAAGAGAUGGUUCUCCUUAUCUCUACCCUUCAUAAUUUGAAUGGAAUUAGAGAUAUAUUUGAGAUGUAUACUAUGUUGUCUGACAGUUGCCAGAUAGACUCUUUCCACUUUCCCCUAAAUCACCUGAACGGCCACUUAAAAUUCUCUAAAUAAAAUGACAUUGAAACACCAAAAAAACGUUGAUCACAGGACGUCAUCGCCAUCUUACUUUAUGGUCCUGACGUCAGUCUGCUAUGUAAAUAAAUGUACUGAUAUUUUGUAUGACAUUUUAUAAUUUAAUUAAAAAUGAGCUAUUAUUCUACUUAUCGUUGGUGUGCUGUUCCUGAAUGUAAGAAUACUAGUGUAAAAACACCGGAAAAAUUGUGGAUGCAAGUUCCAAAUGACAUAAAUAUGAGAAAAACUUGGUUCAAAGUUGCCAGAAGGGAUCUGGAACUAUUAUUUAAAAAAAGUCGUUUGUACUUUUGUGAAGAUCAUUUUGAUUUGGAACACGACAUGGAAAACUAUAUACAGUAUAAGAUCAUGGGUUCAGUAAAAAGAAUUCGAUUGAAACCACAUUGCAUACCUUCCAGAUUCGAUUUGAAUAGAAAACAGAAGUCUGCUUCAAAUGAAUCUGAUCUUGAUGAAGCUAAACGACAAAGAACUGUCCAAGAUCAGAUAAAAGAGAAUAAUAUGAAAGCAUCAUCAUCUUGCAUUGAAGAUUCACAAACAGCAUUGGAUCAUGCCCCUUCUCUGCAAAAUAAAUGUAACAAAGCUAAAGAAACUUUGGUGCGAUAUUUAUGGUAG